AUCCCAUGCCAUAUUGGUGCCAAUUGAAAACCCAUCCGGUUUUUUCUUUUUUCUUUACCAAAGAGCAAAUUCUGGUGCCUUUAGUUGUGGCUUCUUUGUUGAUAUAAAGUUUCUUCAUUUAUUUAAUUUCCCUUGCUUCCGGGGGGGUUGGUUUUUGGAGAUUGUGAUUAGUUUCAAGAGAAAGUUCCCUUCUGCAUGAUCCACCAGCUUUACUCCCCAGGGAAAAAUGCCUGCUACUUGGCUUUGAAAAUUUCUCCAGUGAAUACUCGGCAGCCAUUUCAAGCAGAUUCCUUAUGCAAUUCGACUUCUGCAGCUCCUUCAAAUCCUCUGGGAGGUGAAGAUAGGAUGGCUGUAGGAGUGCGAAGUAGGUCUACUCGUGCUCCCCCUUCUUCACUCUUGAUAAGAAUGGCUAUGAGGAUAUCAAGAGCAAGCACUUGGAUGAUGCUGGAGUUCUUGGCUUUGGCUAUUCAAAUAACCAUCAUAACCUUCACUUUGGCCAUAUCCCAGAGGGAGAGGCCUGUUUGGCCUAUGAGACUCUGGAUUGUUGGAUAUGAUAACGGCUGUGUUCUCAAUCUGCUGUUACUCUGCGGGCGUUAUCACCAUGUUCACAUGAGUUUAGGAGAUGGUUUUGGCCUUUCAGAUCUGGAACAACAAAGGGGAAAUGAAGAAUCCAGGAGCACGCAUUUGAUGAACAAAUGUCGGACUUCACUUGAGCUGUUUUUUGCAAUAUGGUUUGUGAUGGGAAAUGUUUGGGUGUUUGAUUCCUGGUUUGGACCAUUCCACCAUGCUCCAAAUCUCCAUGUUCUCUGCAUCUCUUUGCUAGCCUGGAAUGCUCUCAGCUACUCAUUCCCAUUCCUGUUGUUUCUAUUUCUAUGCUGUCUUGUGCCAUUGAUCAGCAGCCUACUUGGGUACAACAUGAACAUGGGGUCAACUGAGAAAGGAGCAUCUGAUGAUCAAAUUUCCCAGUUACCUAGCUGGAGAUACAAAGCAGUCAAUAACGGUGUAGAUGUUGGCAAUGAAGUAGACUGCAAUCCAACCCAUGAAAUUGAAGAUGAUCUGGAAUGCUGUAUCUGCCUUGCCAAGUAUAGAGUCAAGGAGGAGGUGAGGCAGCAGCCAUGUUGUCAUAUAUUUCACCUCAAGUGUGUGGAUCAGUGGCUCAGAAUCAUCUCUAGUUGUCCUCUGUGUAAACAAGAACUGAAAAGGUAGAAAAGAAAGCAAGAUGAUGAACAACAAGUGGUGAUUCUUCACCAUUUUUUUCUCUCCAAGUUUCUUCCUUUGGUUUGUAUAUUUUGCGAGGUUUCUCUACCUGAGUGAGUUUUUGCAUGUAUUUACAAUGUUGCUCACCACUCCAGUAACCAAAAGGAAAAGCAAAACAGAACUCCAUACAUAAACACAAGUAUAGAUUGUAGGAAUCUGUAUAGCAGAAGAAAGAUACAGGUACUGA